GCGCCUCAGUCUGCAGCGAGCGUUCAGACGGUUUGGUUCAGUUUUCCCUCUGCCAGCGGUUAGCCGUCUCAGCGCUUAACACAAAAAUAAAAAUCCAAAAAAAGCAAAGUCAAAUAGCAACCUUAAAGCAGCAAGCAAAACAAAGAAUACCAAUUCCUAACUAACUCUGAGCCGCGAAAAUUAUCGGACGGUGUGAACUAUUGUCCGCUAAUUCGAAAAUAACGAUUCGAAAUUUGGCAAUUUAACGAAAAUAAAGUGCAACAAGGAACGACCUACAGCCAGCGGCAUAUUGGCAUUAUACAAAUCAAAUGAAUAUAAUCCAAAUAAAAUAAAGGAAACGUUAGCAGCUAAUUCGCAUUUGAUUAGUUUAUGUUUAUGUUUCUGUUUCUGUCUCGAUUCGAAUAUUACGAUUUGAUUGCGUGCAUCGUUUGGGAGGAACGAAAGAGAGAGUGAGGUGGAGUGUGGUCAUCAAACCAUCGGAUUACAGAGCUAUAAAUUUGGAUAUAUCCCACUAAAAUACAGAGUCAAAAUGCUUGUGAGACAUUGGAAUGGUUUGCCUUGGGCUUUGCUGGCGAUUCUGCUACUGGCUGCUCUAAAGCUCCAUGUGGCCAAUGCGGAAACCAGUGCAGGAGAGCAGAAGGAGAAGGAGGUGGAUGCUGCCAGCACGGAGAGCAACGAGAUCAUACCCAGGGAGGCCAUCCAGAAACUGGAUUACUCUGUGAGACAGGCCCUACUGCGGGCAAUUGAUAAACUGGAACAGGAGGAGGCGGCGGCCACGGAAAGUGGUGAGGAGAGUCUGAGUCCCAGCAGCAGUGGCUCCCGUUCCCUGCUCCAAACAGAGACCUCUACCUUACCCUCACAUCGUGAAAAGGAUGAGAUUCUCGAGGAGAGCACGAGAGGCAACGAACCGGAGCCCGUGGUGCCCACUGUUCAGUUCUAUACGGCCACCUUUGACGAGAAGAAUGCCCAGGAGCAGCUGCUCUCCUCCUUCAUCGAUCGUUCUAAGUUGUGGAAAAAGACCACGGUUAGGAAACAGAAUACCCCCGCCAUUUCCCUGCCCCUGGAACCCACGACCUUGGAGGUAGAAGCUCCGGAGAAUCGCCAACUAACCCGCAGUGUGGACUCCUCCAGUUCCGGAUCCGUGAGCAGCAAUGAGAUCUCCCACGACAGCGGCAGCCACGAGAUCAAAUUCGAGAUCAGCAAUGUGAGAAAGACCACCGCCGUGCCAACCACAUCCUCGACCACGACCACGACCACAACCACAACAACCACGCCCAUACCCCGCACCACUAGGCGUCGCACUACGACGACUUCGACGACCACCACAACCACAACACCACGACCCACCCACAACGAGGAUGGGGAGAACAUCGAGCUGGUGGACAAGCAGGACAUUCGCAUCCAGGCGGCACCACUGGUCACCGCUUUCACGGUGGACCUGGACGAGCGGGGCACGGCCCAGAAGUUCCGCCCACUGCUGACGGGCAGCCAGCGCACCACCCACUUCGGGGCUCCACAGCAACAGCUGCAGCUGCCACACAUCGGACCCACCAUCACCAAGCUGAAUGUGUUGGAGUCGGAGCCGCCGGCUACACCGCUGCCCACUCAGUUUCCACCCACAAGCAGCAGCAGCAGCAGCACAACCACCACCCAGAUCAGCACGAGCACCACUGCUGGCGGCGGUGGUUUCUCCACCACGCCCGCUUUCCUGACCAGCUCCACCAGCAAUUAUGUGAAGCAGGAACCGCGUGACAAUCUGGCAGAGCCGCCAAGUGUAAAUAACUACCUGAUUGAGCGUCAGCGGGCACUGGAGCAACAGAUCUACCAGCUGAAGGUUCAGGCACAACAGCAACAGGCUCUAAUCCUGCGUCAACUGAAGCUCCUGGAGGAGCAGACCCAGAGUCGUUUCCAGGGCACACCGAUUGCCCAACCCAGCACAUUGCAGCCACAGCAGCAACUUCAGCAACAGCAGCAGCAACAUCAGCAACACCUCCAGCAGCAACAGCAACAACAGCAGCAGCAGCAGCAACUGCCGCAAGUCCAACAGCAACAUGGUUCGCUGGAGGUCAUUCAAUCCGGUCUGCAACCGCCCUCUUUGGGCGGUUACUCCAUAAGACCUUCGGUGGAAUUUAUACCCAGCACACACACCAAGACUGUUAUUUAUCCCACAUAUCCAAUUGAGCAGCAAUUGCCGCGGCGCGAUGCCGUUGCGGGUCAUAAAUUCGCCCUGCACAAUGGCAACAUCAACACGAAUAACUAUCAGCCGAAGCCGCCAGCGAAUGCAGUGCAGCAGAUUUUCCAAAAUUUGCAGCAAUCGCUGCAGAAAUCGAACGAAAACCCCCAGGUCCAGCCCUCCAAUCAGUUCAACUUUGCACCGGCCGAGGCGUCGCAACUUCAGGCCUUGCCCCAUAACAAUUACAAGCCAUUUCAGCAGCAACAGCAGCAACAGCAGCAACAGCAGCAACAUCAGCAACAGCAACAACAGUUGCUGGUGCCAAACUACGUCAGCAAUGCGGUUUUCCAACAGCAACAAAGGGCUCGGCAAUUUCGCCAGGAGACGGGAGUGGGCAAUUUCGGACUGAAUUCAAAUGUGGAAAUACAGCCGAGCAACUCCUUUGCUACCACAAUUGUUAGCCAGCAACCUGACCUUAAUGCCAAUCCACAUCUGGAGAAUCAGAACUUUUACAGGCAACAUUUGACUCCUCAGUUAAGCAACCAAUUGCAGCAGAACGCCCAGCAAUAUCUGCAACAGCAGCAGCAACAGCAACAGCAGCAACAUCAGCAGCAGCAACAGCAACAGUUGCAGCAACAACCAAAAGCCAGCGGCGAUAUUAGUCCAGCUCUCAACCAUGGGAUACCGCAGUUCGCCUCACAAAACCUGCACUUCAACGGGGCCUUUUGAGCACUUGCACUA